UCAAAACCGUGCAGUAUGCCACUACAAUAUUUGAAAGAGAUCACAAAUAACUUCUCUCGUGAGCGAAUACUUGGCCAAGGUGGUGCUGGCGUAGUAUACAAGGGAGUGCAGCAAAAUGGGGACAUGAUUGCUGUGAAGAAGAUUGUAUCAACAUUAAUGCCAGGCCUGCAGGAGCAGUUUGAGAAUGAAGUUUAUCAUCUUAUGACGCUUAAACACCCCAAUAUAGUGCGAUGUGUAGGCUACUGCUAUGAAAUACAGAAUGUAUGUUUAGAGUACAAUGGGAAAUAUGUUUUUGCAGAGCAGGCGGAAAGGUUGAUUUGCUUGGAAUAUUUGCCAAAAGGAAGCCUUAAUAGCCAUUUAUCAGAUGAAUCUUCUGGGCUUGAUUGGAGCACACGCUACCAAAUAAUCAAGGGGGUUUGCAAUGGUUUACGUCACCUUCAUGAGCAAAUUGAUAAGCCUAUGUUACACCUGGAUCUAAAACCUGACAACAUAUUGCUAGAUAAUAGUAUGGAGCCAAAAAUUACAGACUUCGGUCUGUCAAGAGUGCUUGAUCAACCACAAACUAUCCGCACUACAUCUCGCGAUGGAACAUUUGGUUACAUGGCACCAGAAUUUCUACAUGGAGGUACAAUUACACUAAAGUCGGACAUAUUUAGUUUGGGUGUGAUAAUCUUGGAGAUAAUAACAGGACGCAGGGAGUACCCGGACAUUGGAACAUCCUCAAAUGACUUUAUCGAGCUUGCACUUAAAAAAUGGAGAAAUGCCUUACCUAGAGCACUUGGAUAUAGAUCCCUCGAAAUAAAGUGCCAACAAAUAAAAACAUGCAUUCAGGUAGGUCUAAUAUGUGUGAAUCCUGAGCGCACAAAAAGGCCUUCGAUAACGGAAAUUAUAAAUAUGCUUCAAAGACCAAAAGACAUUAAUUGCAACAUUGGCUAUGAGGCGACAAUACCAGGAUAUUCUGGAAUUACUGAUACAGCAUUAUUGAUUGGUUCUGAUAUGUUGAAAAAUUUGCCAAAUAUAAGUCAUUGGGAGGUUGAAUCAGCAUGCGAAGAUUUUACUCACAUUGUUAGCUCAACUACACUCACGGAAAGGCUGCCAAUAUCCGACAUGGCAGUAUUGAUUGAUUCUGGUGAAUGUGAGAUGGAAGAUGACAUAGACAUGAUUGAUGACAGUUCUGCUGAGCUUAUAGCUGCUGCAAAUGCUAAUAUUGGUGGCACGAGGCUGGCGGGUGCGACAUGGCCGACGCCGGUGAGAGAAUAG